GCGUUUACUGUUGCAUCUUUAUUCCGCAUCAUUUUUUGAUGAAAGUUGAUUCAAUUCAUCAAGAAAUAUGUGAUUUUUUCCUUUAAUAUGUGACUGUUUCAAUCAGGGAAUUUUAACAUCUGAAUCUACUCAUGUUUAACUAAUCUGAUCAUCUACGAUAAUAAUUUAAUCGAGAGCUACUGGUUUUAUUUAAUUCUAUGUGAUGUUUGCCUGGUUCCUGUAUCGCAGUUUGAUCAUUGCGAAAGCUUGCCCAUAAUUUAAUAAUACAUUUACCCAUCUCGGGAACAACAUCAACCUGCUGAUGUUCAGGAUUUCUACUGAAUUCAUCUGUUUUGCUGUCAAUUAAACAUUCAACAAGUUUUAUCAAGAUGUUAACGCCUGUGACACAAAAUUCGUCAACUGGUAGUGAUGAUGCUUUGCAAAUGGUCUCCAUAUUAUUCCAAUGUUUUGCUGCAAUCAUCUUAGGUUAUGUUUCUGGUCGUCUAUCCAUUAUAUCUGAGGACCAAUCAAAAGGAAUAACUAACUUUGUCUCGUACUUUUCCUUACCUGCUCUUAUAUUCAUCAGCUUAGCAAAAUGUGAUCUAUCCCAAAUUGACUGGUACUUUGUUGCCUCUGUUUUCAUCGCAAAAGUCGUUAUAUUUGUGUUGGUCGUCGUGAUAACCCUUCUUACAACUCGCCCAUGCCACCUCGGUAAAGCAGGUCUUUACGGUAUGUUGGUUACUCAAAGUAAUGAUUUCGCGAUUGGAUAUCCCAUCUUAUCAUCUUUAUAUGCCAAUAGUCAGCCCCAUUUUGCUGACUAUCUUUAUGUUAUCGCUCCACUUCAAUUAUUGUUCAUUAAUCCGUGUGGUCUUUUCCUCUUGGAGCUUUACAAGUAUCGCCAGUCAAUAGCCAAUUCAUCCGCCUCACCGUCAAAUGCGUUUAUUAUUAUCGGAAAAGUUCUGAAAAAUACAUUGACUAAUCCUAUUGUAGUUAUGACCAUUGGAGGUGUAAUCUGGAACUUUACUUUUGGUAACACUGUACCAUCCAUGCUUAAUGGCCUUUUACAGUCAUUUGCCAAUGCCUUUAGCUCGACUUCUUUGUUCCUACUCGGUCUCAAUAUAGUUCAAGAAUCUGGUUUGAUUGGUAAUUCCUCCAAAAUCGUUGUCCCUUGCACUUUGAGUGCUGUCAAACUUUUUGUUUUACCUCUUGUUUUAAGACUUAUUGCUAGAUAUUUAGUUAGAGGUACUGAGACUUAUGUUUUUACGAUGACAAAUUUUGCCUUCCUAUAUGGAGUCAUACCUUGCGCACCAACAGCGGUUAUAUUUGCUCUCAUCUACAAUAUUGGAUCAUGGGUAACCUCAUAUGCGCUCAUAGUUUCAACCGUUAUUUCUGCACCACUUCUUUUUGUAUCAAGCUCAAUGAUCCGUUAUUCUGACUACACACCGGAACAAGUUACACAUGAUCUGUGUCUUACAAUUUAUAUAAUCAGCUUAAUCGCUAUUCCAUGCGCUAUCUGGACUUUGAUUAUAUUCGUUUGUGGACGUAAAUGGACUAGUGUCACUCAUAGAAUAACGUUUGGAUUACUUUUAACUCAACUGAUUGUUGCAAUCGGUGGCUAUUUAAUGCCACAUGAUUCGGUUGUCAUUAAAUUUCGAUACUUUGUUCCUGUCUUUGGCAUUUUUGCUUCCCGCAUCUGGACCUCAUUAUUAGCUCUUACCAUAGCGUUACUUCGAAAAAAGAGUCUCUGUUAUGUAUUGAGAGCUCAAAAUUAUUUCUUUGGUGGUGCUUUCUUUUUCACAUUCAUUUUGACUGCAGCUCUUUAUUUGGUUGCGCCAUUCUCCUCACAAUCUUCAAUUGAUCCAUACUUCAAAUUUGGAACUUAUCAAACGAUUCCUACUUUAGCUGUCACCAUCGUUUCUAUUAUAAUUACAGGAUCAGCUGUUAUUUUGCAACAGCGUGAUAAUGCCGCCGCUAAUAUGUACGAGAGACUUAAUUCAACUGUUGAAAGUUCAAUUGAUUCAGGACGUGAAUCGCCUGUGCGGGAAGUCAGUCAAGAAAAUCUACCAAGUCAUUCUAGAGACCCUGAUACAGUCAGCAUUGAAGAUCUGAUGAAUUCAACGAUUAUUGAACAAUCUUGUCAAGGAUCUCAAUGUACAGAAAUUCAUCGACGAAAAUCUUGCCUCAAAUAUCUACAACAAUACGCAAAUAAUACUCAAGCUGAAAUGAUACCUGUACCUGGUGAACGUUUAACUGUAUCAUUUCAAAAGCAUAUACAAAGAACUUCUCACGUUUCUCUUCUUCUUAUUCUACUUCUCUCCAUGGUGAUUGAUUUAGCAGUCACUAUUAGCAAAGCGUUUAACGAAAAAUUCACAGGCAUUCAUGUUGAACUUGUUUCAUUGGAUAUUUUUCUUGUCUAUGGACAAGCCAUCAGCACCUUUGUGUUAUUUGGUCUUGAUGUGAGUCCACUUAUUGACGUUUGGCGCAGAUUUUAUUUCUAUUUUUCCCGUCGAAAUGAGCAAGAUGAUGAAAGUGUUUCUGAUGAAUCUUAUCAAAUUCACCACCAAUUUUCAACAUAUCAUCUUGACAAAUGUGCAAAAGAUAUUUGUUUCUUCAUCUCCUCCGGUGGAAACGAGAUUUUUGUUUUCAAAGGCUGUGAUCUGGUAACUUGGUUGAUUAGAAGUGGACUUGUUUUAAAUCGUAAAUCUGGUCGCAAUUAUGCAUCUCAUCUUCUUCGAAGUCAUCUCAUAAAAUCUAUUGAAAACCAUAAUUACUAUCUCGAUACAUCAUCGUUUUAUCAAUUUCUUAAAUCUUCAAGAUCUAGUAGUAUAGGUCCAUAAAUUUAAUUUUAUGUCCAAUUGUUAAACUAGUCGCUGACAAAAUUUUACUGUAUUUGUUAAAUGUAUUUAUUUAUUUUUUUUGCUUAUAACUAGUAAAGAAAGAAGAUAUUUUGAAUA